GCCCCGCGAGUCACCCCUGGCAGCCAGGCGCGUCCCGGCCGGGCGGAGGCCGCGGCGGAGCCGGGGUCUCGCGUAGAUGUGCAGCCCGGGGCGGGAGCCGCCUGGGCCGGCCCCGGCGGGGGACCUGCCGCCCGAGUGGGAAACGGACGACGAGCGCAUGGCUUUUCUCUUCUCGGCUUUCAAGCAGAGCCGUGAGGUGAACAGCACCGAGUGGGACAGCAAGAUGGCCUUCUGGGUCGGGCUGGUGCUGGCCCGCGGCCGGCGCCGGGGUGUUGUGCGGACCUGCCUGCGGGAGCUGCAGCACAGCUUCGAACGGCGCGGCAGCCUCCCGCUGGGCCUCGGCACCGUCCUCCGGGAGCUCCUCAGACGUGGCAAGCUGCAGAGGGAGUCAGACUUCAUGGCCAGUGUAGACAGCAGCUGGAUCUCCUGGGGUGUGGGAGUCUUCAUUCUGAAGCCCCUCAAGUGGACUCUCUCCAGUGUGCUGGGUGACAGUAAAAUACCUGAGGAAGAGGAAGUCCUGAUUUAUGUGGAGCUGCUGCAGGAGAAGGCAGAGGAGGUCUAUCGUCUCUACCAGAACUCGGCGCUCUCGUCUCACCCGGUCGUUGCCCUCUCCGAGCUGCGCUCCCUCUGUGCCAGUGUCUGUCCAGAUGAGAGGACCUUCUACUUGCUGCUCCUCCAGCUGCAAAAGGAGAAGAGGGUCACCAUCCUGGAGCAGAAUGGAGAGAAGAUAGUGAAGUUUGCCAGAGGUCUUCAUGCCAAAGUCUCCCCCAUGAACGACGUGGACAUUGGAGUCUAUCAGCUGAUGCAGAGUGAACAGCUGCUGUCACAGAAGGUGGAGUCCCUUGCCCAGGAAGCAGAGAAGUGUAAAGAGGAUGCCAGGAGCGCUUGCAGAGCUGGGAAAAAGCAGCUGGCUCUGAGGUGUUUGAAGUCCAAGCGGAGGACGGAGAGGCGAAUCGAAGAGCUUCACUCCAAGCUGGACGCAGUGCAGGGCAUCCUGGAUCGGAUCUACGCCUCCCAGACUGACCAGAUGGUAUUUAAUGCCUAUCAGGCUGGUAUGGGAGCUCUGAAACUGUCCAUGAAGGAUGUCACUGUGGAGAAGGCAGAGAACCUGGUGGAUCAGAUCCAAGAGCUUUGUGAUACUCAAGAUGAAGUAGCCCAGACUCUGGCUGGAGUGGGGAUCAAUGGUCUAGAGAUGGACACAGAGGAACUGGAGAAGGAGCUGGACAGUCUCCUCCAGGACUCAACUAAGGAGCCUGUAGACCUCCCUGAUGUUCCUCAGAAGGUGCUGAACCCACCCAUUUCUGAUGCUGAGCUUGAAGCUGAGUUGGAAAAGCUCUCUGUUUCUGAUGGAGAUUUGGAACAAAAGACUCCCCCUGCUUCCUCUGAAGCCAAAACAGCUCUGGGACUGAAUCUCUAAAGACCCAACAGUGUCCUGUUGCUGCAGUUUGAGAAGUUGGCUGAAAGGUCACCUUUUUAUUCUGCCUGUGCACAUGGAGGAGCAGGAAGCCUGGGAUGAAGAAAUGGAUCCUUUCAGGAGGGGAAUGUGCUGUUCAUUUGGCUUUCUGCACACACACACACACACACAGAGCCUGUGCCUGGCAGGGGAGUGACUGGCUGGCUGGGUGGGUGGU